CCCCUCCAGGGCGGAGCGGGCCGGGCAUCACGUGCUGCUCCGCAGAGGCCGGGCGGGCUGCGAGCAUCCCCCGAGCUGCGGCGAGCGGGGCGGUAACGGCGGGGAGCAGGAAAGAUUGGGAUUGGUGUUAUAGAGAAUACACAAGCAUUCCACAAUGGAAGAAAGGGCAAAUGGUACAGUGGCUCAUAACUCACUGGCUGAAUACUCUCCCAUCAAGGAAGCGGGCAAGCCAGAUUCAAGUGACAGCUGUGAAAUGUAUGAAAGAAACAAAGAAACAAUGCAGCUGAAGAAAGAAAUCUCUUUGCUUAAUGGAAUCAGCCUCAUUGUAGGCAACAUGAUUGGUUCAGGUAUCUUUGUGUCACCUAAAGGAGUUCUCAUCUACAGUGCCUCCUAUGGAUUGUCGCUAAUAAUCUGGGCAACCGGGGGGAUUUUUUCAGUGUUUGGAGCACUCUGCUAUGCUGAACUGGGAACCACUAUUAUCAAGUCAGGAGCCAGCUAUGCAUAUAUCUUGGAGGCCUUUGGGAGCUUUGUUGCUUUUAUUCGCUUAUGGACCUCAUUAUUAAUUGUUGAGCCAACUAGUCAGGCAAUUAUUGCAAUAACCUUUGCUAACUACAUUGUGCAGCCUGUCUUCCCUUCUUGUGAGCCUCCUUAUGUUGCCUGUCGUCUCAUCGCAGCUGCUUGUAUAUGUCUUCUAACAUUUAUAAAUUGUGCCUGUGUUAAAUGGGGAACAAGGGUGCAGGAUGUAUUCACGUAUGCUAAAGUCAUUGCCCUUAUUGUCAUCAUCAUAACAGGAAUUGUUAAACUAUGCCAGGGACAUUCAGGACACUUUCAGAACUCCUUUGAGGGAUCUUCUUGGGACCUAGGAGACAUUUCUCUUGCACUGUAUUCUGCUCUGUUCUCUUACUCAGGCUGGGAUACCCUUAAUUUUGUAACAGAAGAAAUAAAAAACCCAGAAAGGAAUCUGCCACUGGCUAUUGCAGUUUCUAUGCCCAUUGUGACGGUUAUCUAUAUUUUGACCAACAUAGCUUACUAUACAGUGCUGGAUAUUAAUGCUGUUCUUUCUAGUGAUGCUGUGGCGGUGACAUUUGCUGACCAGGUGUUCGGCAUUUUCAGUUGGACAGUUCCUGUUGCUGUAGCUGUUUCAUGUUUUGGUGGACUUAAUGCAUCAAUUUUAGCAUCAUCUAGGCUAUUUUUUGUAGGAUCCCGGGAAGGUCAUCUCCCUGAUCUAUUGUCCAUGAUCCAUAUAGGGAGGUUCACACCUGUACCAGCACUACUCUUCAAUUGUACUAUGGCCCUCAUUUAUCUGACUGUAGAAGAUGUCUUCCAGCUUAUUAACUACUUCAGUUUCAGUUACUGGUUUUUUGUGGGACUAUCAAUAGCUGGGCAAUUAUACCUCCGCUGGAAGGAACCAGAUCGACCCAGGCCUCUCAAGCUGAGCCUAUUUUUCCCAAUAGCUUUCUGUGUAUGCUCAGUAUUUCUGGUGGUGGUGCCUCUAUAUAGUGACACCAUUAAUUCAUUGAUCGGAAUUGGCAUUGCUAUAUCUGGAAUUCCAGUCUACUUCAUUGGAGUCUACUUGCCCAUUUCCAGAAGGCCUCCAUUUAUCAACAACAUCUUAGGUGCUAUCACUCGAGCCACCCAGGUGCUUUGUUACAGUGUUUUGACAGAGAUGGACAGUGAAGAUAAGAAAUUAGAGACCAAAUCUAUCUAAAAAUUUUAAGCAGUUCCAAAAACAGCAGAGAACCAAGCAAAAGUUGCGAACAGAAACAGAAGAGGAUCAACAGGGAAUAUGGGGCAACUGAAGAACCAUUGGAGCCAGGAACAGAUAUACCAGCUAUUACUGAAGAGGGAUGCUUGGGUGCAUCAUACUCCCUGCCAUGGUCUGUAGUUAAAGUACUGUCAAUUCACAUUAUUAUGGGUAAUCAUUAACCAGUCACUUCAGACAUGGAAACAGAGUCUGCACUAUUUAUUAUAGUUUGAGGCCAAUGGAAAAUCUCGUAGAAAUGGGAUUUUAGUAGUAAGAGGGGAAACAGAUUCUAUAAUAGUAGAGCUGAGUGAUCACAUUAAACGUACUUUGGAGAACUAGGUAGCAGAAUAAUGAAUCAUUUUAAGUACAAUUCAAAACUACUCCAAGUCAGAAGUGACCAAAAGCCUUUCGUAUCUGAUGGAUGCUCAGUGGCCUAUGUGAAGUGACUUGCUUGGGAAUCUGCCCCUUAUCCCAGUAGAUAAGCAUCCAUAACAAACAUUCAUCAUUGGCAGUUGCAGCAGAUUGAAUCGGCAUAUAAAGAUUGAUCUACCCUUUCUCCUCUAGAAACUAUCAUUUCAGUGAAAAGUGGUGGGGUCUGCAGAGAGAGAACUCCAAUCUCCAAAGCUGUUUUAUUCUGCACCUUUCACAUGCUCCAAAUUGCCUUUUCACAGAAAAAACUUAGACUUGAUUAAAAUGUUAACAUUUACCUAUGGAUUGUUACCUGUUUUGUGGUGGUGAUUGCUUUGUUUCUAACUGGUUCAAAUAGAACCCCAAAAAGUAAAAUACGUAAGAGGCAAAAACUUUAAUAAAGUUUCCAUAUUUAAUUGUUUCUUAAAUGAGUUUACAAGCACUGUUACAGCAAAGAGACCAGAAAUUCUAGUUUCUGAUUUUCAAUACUGUUCACCAGAGGCAGUACUUUUACAUAUUAUAAAGACUUUAUAGUAGAACUAAUAUGUAAUUCCGUGGCUGUCAUCUCAGUUUGAAAAUUUAGAUGUAUAAUAGUGACUGGCACAGAAGAGAAAUCUAUUUGUACAUAGCAUUCAACUGUGAGAAACAUUGUAGGGAAAGGGGAAAUACAUUCUUGAUCUGAUGUGCUAUUAGUUCACCUCAACAGUUAGUAAUAAAUACUAGAAAUAAUUGUACUACUGAAGUAAAGAUCAAAUCACCUUCAAGAUACUGAGGUUCUUCUAAUCAUACCUUCUUGCUGGGUCUGCUCCUAGUCACUUUACAUACCAAUGUUAGACAAUAUUGUAAAUAUAACACUUAAGUUGAGAGCUGAAACACCUGGGUAUCAUUUGUUUUUAGAGGUUCAAAAUUUGAGAUGAUUAGCGGGACAGCAAACUGUAGUCCUGUGGUGCAAUAUGAAUACAUGUCUGCUUAUUUGCCUGUGCUUGAGAGAUUCAAAUACACCUCUACCCUGAUAUAAUGCGGUAAAGCAGCGCUCCGGGUGGGCAGAGCUGCACGCUCCGGAGGAUCAAAGCAAGUUCGAUAUAAUGUGGCUUCAUCUAUAACACGGUAAGAUUUUUUUGGCUUCCGAGGACAGCGUUUUAUCGGGGUAGAGGUGUACUAUAAAACCAAUUUUGUUGCAACUAUAGCUAAAUUAAGAUGAAAUACAGCUGCAAAAAUGGGUCUUGUAUCCUGCCUUCUUUGUGGCACAGUGGGAUGACCCUGUUUUGCAAUCUUGUUAAAUUUUUUAUACUAUCUAUAUCUCAACUUCUUAUUUAAAACAUUAGGCUAUUUUUUUUUAAACUAGGUAAACUGGAACCUUGCAAUCUUAGUUACUUUCUAUUCCAUGCUAAUUUAUUUCUCUGUAGCUGAAGAGUGAGGUUUAAAAUAAAUCCCAUUGCACGCUGAAUUGAAAGGCUCUUUCUUUUGGAAUCUAAAAUCUCUAACUAUAUUUUAAAACAACAUCAGAGGUAUUUAGUUCUCUGGCACUUAUUUUAAGUGUGCCAUAACUUCUACCUUGUCUCAAUUGUGGUUUUAUUUUUUUAUGUAAACUUGCAGGCUUUUACUAGGUUUAGAAAGCAGUACAUUUAAUUUACCAUCUUAUUCCUAGUAAAUUGAAGCAAAGUCCAGUCCAGGCGUUGAUUUAAACCUCAAACCUUUUCCUUGUUUUCCUGACCAUUUAAUAAAAAGUGGCAUUUAACACUUAAA